AUGGGCCUCACAGAUUUCUGGAAGUCCUCGACGGACAAGCGAGCCGACGAGGUCCGCAGCGGCGCCGUGGCCCCCACGCGAACGGAGCGCAAGCGGUGCUGGGAGAGCCGCGACGCCUACUUCGCCUGCCUGGACCGCAACAGCAUCCUGGACGCCAUCAAGGACGACAAGGCGGCGGCGAAGCAGUGCGGCGGCGAGUCGACCGCCUUCGAGAGGGACUGUGCCUCCGAGUGGGUGACAUACUUCAAGAAGUGGCGCGUGGCAGAGCACAAUAAGAAGCAGAGGCUGGCGCAGCUCCAGGCGCAGGGCGCGCAGAACGUGCAGAUACAGACCGGGCCGGCCGGGUCAUGA